GUGAAAAUGUGCGCGAGUGGCAGAUUAAUGAAUGCGUCGGUGACGAGCGUAAUAAUUAUCGCUAGGAUAUCCUUGUGACGAAUGAUGUUCGUAGCAGUUUCAAAUAUUCAUCAAUUGAUGAAAUGUCGUGUCAAAUGGUAAUUCGAUUAAUAAUGGCGGCUUACGUUGCUGAUGUAAAAAUAAGAAGAAGACUCGUGUUUCGUAGCAUCGCUUGAGAGGAUAAUCUUCUCUAAUGGAAUGCAUCUAGAUUCUGAUAUGUGACGGUGAAAAUAAAGCGAAAUGGCAGCAGGGUUAACAGCCUUGAUCGGCGCCACUUCUGUCCUUGGGCUCGGUUUGAUUCCACUCUUGGCGAUCGGUCUCAGUGUGUUUAGGUACAACAAUGUCGAUCCAGAAUCACAUCCGCAAAAUGCACGUCAGCUGCUGCCAAUGUACGACUUCAUAGUGGUCGGCGGAGGGAGCGCGGGUGCUGUGAUCGCCUCGAGGUUGUCGGAGGUGGCUAAUUGGACGGUGCUACUGUUAGAAGCUGGCGGCGACGAGAAUGAAAUUUCGGACGUUCCCUUGUUGGCCAGUUACAUUCAACUGUCGGAGCUUGAUUGGCAAUACCAGACCGCACCGCCUACUACAUCUCGUUAUUGCCUCGGCAUGAUAGGCGACAGAUGCAAUUGGCCGCGCGGCAAAGUUCUGGGAGGAAGCAGCGUUCUCAAUGCCAUGGUUUACGCUCGUGGUAAUCGGCGCGACUACGACAACUGGGCUCGGUUGGGCAACACAGGAUGGAGUUACGAGGAGGUGCUGCCUUACUUUCUAAAGUCCGAGGACAACCGCAAUCCAUAUUUAGCGAGGACGCCUUAUCACAGGACAGGGGGUUACUUGACGGUGCAGGAGGCGCCGUGGCGAACUCCUCUGGCGAUCGCAUUCCUACAGGCCGGUCAAGAAUUGGGUUACGAUAAUCGUGAUAUAAACGGGGCGAAUCAAACUGGUUUUAUGUUAACGCAAAUGACUAUACGACGUGGCAGCCGGUGUUCGACGGCGAAGGCUUUCCUAAGACCGGUAAAAAACAGAUCGAACUUGCAUAUAGCAAUGAACGCGCAAGCCUUGAAAGUGCUUUUCAACGCGAAUAAGAGAGCGACAGGUGUGGAAUUCCUUCGCAACGGUAAACAACAAGUGGUGAGGUGUAGAAGAGAAAUUGUAUUAUCCGCCGGCGCCAUCAAUUCGCCCCAGUUACUCAUGCUAUCCGGGAUCGGGCCGAGCGAACACCUGGCCGAAUUCGGCAUACCGGUGAUAUCCGAUCUAAGGGUCGGGGACAACCUGCAGGAUCACGUAGGCCUCGGCGGGUUGGUUUUCAUAUUGAACGAGACGGUCACCGUGACGAAGGAGCGCUUCCAAACCUUCUCGGUAAUGCUGGAGUACGCGUUGAGGGAACGAGGCCCCAUGACCAGUUCGCUGGUCGAGGGGCUCGCUUUCCUCAACACCAAGUACGCCGACGAGUCCGGCGAUUACCCGGACGUGCAGUUUCACUUCUUACCGGCCGGUAUCAACUCCGACGAUCAGAUCAGGAAGGUGCUCAGCCUGACGGACCGAAUAUACAACACCAUGUACAAGCCGUUGUUCGGUGCCGAGACCUGGACGAUCCUGCCGCUUCUGCUGAGGCCGAAGAGUACAGGAUGGAUCAGGCUGAGGAGCAAAAAUCCCUUGGUCCACCCCGAGAUCACUCCGAAUUACUUCGCGCACAAAGAGGACAUGGACGUCUGCGUGGAAGCGAUCAGGCUGGCCUUCCGGGUGUCCAACACCAGCGCGUUUCAGCGCUUCGGCUCGAGGCCCCACACGAUUCACAUGCCGGGCUGCCAAGGAUAUCCGUUCGACACGUACGAAUACUGGGAGUGCGCCGUGCGACACUUCACGUUUACGAUCUACCAUCCGACGGGGACCUGCAAGAUGUCGCCGCGAAGCGACCCCACGGCGGUCGUCGACCCGCGACUUAGGGUUUACGGAGUGAAGGGACUCAGGGUCGCCGACGCCUCGAUUAUGCCGAGAAUCGUCAGCGGCAAUCCGAACGCGCCGAUCAUCAUGAUCGGCGAGAAGGCCAGCGACAUAAUUAAGGAGGACUGGCGAGUGAAAAGAAAGCGAGGGGCGGGAAGGUGAGGGCGGGAAGGUCGCGGCGAAAUCGUCUCGAUGGAGAUUCCCCUUUGCAUGUAAUUAAAAUUCGUUCGCUCUCGCGCGCUGUAUGCUCGUAAAGAUGAUGCGGUACUAAACGUAGGUUACUUUCUCCGUCCUAAAACGUUUCAGACGCCUUUUCGACGAAGCCCCU